CUGGAAAGCAAUGGACGUUAUGUGUGUUCCCCCAUCGGACCUGGCCACGAGCUUGGCGUUAUAUUUAUGAACGCUGAGGCCUGAGGAUCAGACGUGGUCCCACAUCACCAAGAUUCCCCAAAUUGGAGAAGAGCUAAUAAGAGCUGUCCAUUGCCAAACGGGUCACGCUUGCGCUCACGCACAAAAAAUUCCGUCGAUAUGAACAGUCCACUCGGAAGCUCCACCGAUGGAGGCUCUCCCUCCGGGUUGACUUCGCCUGUCUUCACCUCUCCCUUCCUCCGUCCAAACUCUCCUCCAUGUCUGCUGGACGAGAGCCAAUCAUUUUCCCUCGAUGCCUCGCUCCCGCAAUGCGCACCACAAAUGAGCGCUUCUUUACAUAUACGUGCGACAACGGACAUUGGUGUCCAAGUUUCACACAAUUUUACCUCCUACCCUUCUUCUCCCUCAUUAUCCCCGUCAAGGACACCUCCAGCUCAAAAACCAAAAGCUACGCUCAAGUCAAAGCCAUCGGUAGCCACAUUUCUUGCUCCUCCUCCUCUUGCGCCCCCGCCUACAAUAUCAUUUGAAUCCACGCAGAUUCCAUGGAAGGGCCUUCCCUACGAGGCCGCUCAAUGGACGUUCACCUCACCCGAACUACAGGAGAUAGUCUCACGUGCUAUCAGGUUAAGCGCAAAAGAGUCCUUCAUACGCCUCCUAUCCCUCCAGGCGCUCGACACAGACAUGGUGAAAGAAGCAGAGCGUCUCGAAGAAGAGCGUCUAGCAGCGCAGGUCAAAUGGAGAUUCGAAAUGAACAGGCGAACCAUGCUGAUGCAGGCGCUCAACUCCUGUGCCGGUGUCCUCGCAAACUCAGGAGAAGGCGAUAAAGAUAAUGUUUUGGGAGGCUUGAUAUCUCAAGUUUCAACUUCUAUUGCUUCGUGCGACUCUAUUCUUGCAUCUAUUCUGCACAUGUCAGACCAGCAGGCGCAAAUCUCGGUAGUUCAGCACCGACAUUGGGCUUCAGCUCUCGGGAUUGCACUUCGCAAGCUGAAUAAGGCAUUCGAGCGUCAAGGAGAGGAGAUGAAACGCGCGCUAAUACGUAUCCAGACGCUCGAGGAUGAGCUCGAGGAGGCCUGGAGAGAAGCGGAGGGCAUGGCCGCCGAGAUUGAUGAGAUGGAGGAGAGCGAGGAUGAACUUGAUGAUAUCGAUGACAACCAAACACUUGGAGACAUGACCAUCAACACCGAUAUCGCACAGGUCAUGGGUGUCACCGCAAAAGCUGUCUUAUCCAAAGCUACUCUCAUCUCCCAAGUUAAGCACGUAUCAUCCGACGCUAAAUCCGUCAAGUCUGUCAAAUCCGCCAAAUCCUCCCGCAGCAAACGAUCCAAAGAUGGCCCAAAUCGGCUUUCACGCUUUUCUGCAGCAAAGACACGCUCACGCACCGCAUCCAAUGCCAGCCUCCGUUUGCCCAAGGGGCUGCGCACUCCCACAUCAUCUCAUAUGCCAGAUGAUCCGCCACCCAUGCCUGCACUUCCGGACGCCUUACAAGGAUGCUCGUUCCUUGAUAUGGACACCACCGGCGCAGAGUAUUCCCGUCCACUGAGAAAACAGCUACCUAACCGUGCGAAUUCUCAUCAUGUUCUCAUCGCUCUCUAA